AUAAAAUGCACUAUUUUUCUAAAUCAUCCAGAAACCUCAUCCUCUACUUCAUCAAGUCCCGAGUUUAUUUAUUAUUGUACUUGUGUUUGUUAUAUUAAUUACAGUAAUCACAUUAGUUUAGUCUCUCUUCUGGGCCUAGUUUGGCUAAAGACGUGGUGUGGGAGGCUUGGACCUUCUCUGUUGUAACAGAUAGGCAACGGAAUGGCUCUGAAUAGCCUUGACGACCAGAAACAAGCCUGUCACCUGCUAUAGGACAUUCAUAAUGCCAGGAUAAUCACUGAAAGGUCAUAGAGCGUUUGGCUCAUGACAGUGACAUCCCAGUGGGGGAACAGGAGAAGAUGGAGUGUAUGUAAAGGCACAAUAUUAUUCAUGUCAUAAGAGGGGCAUGAAACACUUUUACCAGGGUAAACCUGGAAGCAUGGGUGAAGGUUCUCUUUUUGCUAGAAACUAUUCACUAACUUGAAAUGUUUAUUUCUAAGAUAAGUUUUAGGUUUAAAAAAAUAUCUAGAUUAUUUAAUUAACUCACAUACGGCGUAUGGCCAGAACUAAGGACACCAGAAUUACACAUAAAGGCCACUUCAUGUCGACAUGAAUUCCCUAAAACCCUUAAACCAAUUCUUGUAGUUUCCUGGCAAAGGUUUCCCAAUAAAAUACUCUCCUUCUGCAACCAUAGUAAUAAGUCCUGUGACAGUUGACUCCUUUAUUGCCAUUCAUCUGGACCCUUUACAUCGUACACGCUGCCAGGCAGAUAGUGUCGAAGGCCACCUCUGUCUUCAUGACGCAGGUUUUAGGAUCCAUGUGACCAGUGACAUCAUUCGCGUGGCUUUUGCAUGACUCCGCAUUAACAAGCCGUUCCGGGCUUCACCCGGUCAGGAGGCUGUAGCUAGGGUCAGACAUCUGCACUCUAAUGGAGAACAUGUCCGAGAGCAGCUUCAUCCUUCCUGGAGACUGACUGACACUAAUGGCUCGUUGGAGGUGGUCUGCUUGUUCACACUACACAGAUGGGGGGAAUGUUUACGACUGGGAAAGUACCAAGUGGAGUCUAACCUUUUAACUCGGAAAAGGUCUACUUUUGCUGUAGUAUUUGUCAUUAAUUAAUAAUAAAUAUGUUUUUGUGUUUUAAGUUUUGCAUUCAGUGGACAGACAGUUAUGGACUGGAGAGUCUGGCAUUAGCGUAGCAUUGUUUCCUCCAAACAAAACGUCCCCCUUGCAUUGUUGUCUUGUUUCUAUGGAAACACAGUUGGUCGCAAGACAGAAGAGGGACAAUUGGGUCAGGCUAGACAACAGUGGAUAUAAAGAUCUGCUACAUACCGUUAAAUACACAUUAACAUAAGGUCUAAAAGGCUGCUUAAUAUCCAGUGAAUAUCUCACAAAUGUAGGUCCCCAUCACUGUUAUAGGAGUGGGGCAAAUUAAAGAAUGAGAAAAACUGGAAUAGCAAAGACAUGUGAAAAACCUACCCUGUCUGGCUUGAACCCCUCCUCCUGUGGCCAAACAUGGGCUGCACCAUUCUGUGCCAUAUAUGGGAGGAGGGAUGAUAUCACUGGCUGGCCGGUACAGGGCCCGUUUAACACAACAUUCACCUUUCAUUGUCCACUGAUGACAUGUUCGGAAUGUGACGGCUAAUUCCCUGUGGUGUGGGGGCCCUCUCAAGACCCUGUUAGUGAGAGAGAGACAGCCACAGCCUGGCUGCACACUGCUCCCGCACAGCCCAGAGCCUGCUUGGCAUGGACCUACCUGCUGUGUCUCCCUCCCGACCGCUGGUGGGCUCCCACCCCUGCUCACAGGGAUCUGGGACGGGGGUAACGCACUCAUUCUGAGUCUGGUCAGGCUCCCAGCAGCUCUGGGAACCACGGAGAUGUGCACACUACCAGGGCAACCUGUACAAUUAAAGAAGUUGUUGGAGCAGGAGAAGGCGUACCAGGCCCGUAAAGACAAGGAUCACAGCAGAAGGCUGGAGAAGGUCCGUGAAGAGCUGGUCAAACUCAAGUCAUUUGCCUUGAUGCUUGUAGAUGAGCGGCAGCUCCACAUUGAGCAGAUCGACCAACAGAGCCAGAAGGUCCAGGAACUCAGCAACAAGCUCCAGGAGAGGGAGCAGCGGCUGGCUGCUGUUAGCGGCACAGCCAAGGAGGACCGCCAGAGGGUCCUUAGACUAGAGGCAGAGCUGGAGUGCAAAGCUGUCAAGUUCACCCGGGAGCACGAGGAGAUGACAGCCAAGCUUGCUAAUCAGGACUCCCACAGCCGCGAGCUCCGUCUGAAGCUGGCCGGCCUGACUAAUAAGAUCAAAGAGCUGGAGGAAAGCAACAAGGCACUGCAAAGGUCAGAGGACGACCUUGUAGAGCUGAGGGACAAGAUCAGUAAGGGAGAGUGUGGGAACUCAAGCGUAAUGGCAGAGCUCGAGACCCUGCGCAAGAAAGUCCUGGAGAUGGAAGGCAAGGACGAGGAGAUCACUAAGACUGAAAACCAGGCCAGGGAACUAAGAAAGAGGCUGAAGGAUGAGGAAACCGCUGGCCGAGAGCUGAGGCUGGAGGUGGAGAAACUACAAAAGAGAAUGGUGGAAUUAGAGAAACUGGAAGGGGCCUUCAACACAAGCAAAUCAGAGUGUGCAACACUUCAUAUUAAUCUAGAGAGAGAGAAGGGACUGGCAAAGGGAUUAGCCGGUGAGCUGGACACAGUGAAAAAACGUGUGAAAGAACUGGAGAAUUCUGAGUCAAGACUUGAGAAGGCAGAGCUGGGUCUAAAGGAUGACCUGAUGAAACUGAAGUCAUUUACAGUGAUAUUAGUUGAUGAAAGAAAGAACAUGACUGAAAGAAUAAAACAGGAAGAGCUAAAGAGCAAUGAUUUAAAUCAGAUGUUCAAAACUGAGCAAGGUAAGGUCAUGGAGGUCACAGAAAAGUUAAUUGAAGAGAGUAAAAAGCUCCUUAAACUGAAAUCAGAAAUGGAGGUAAAAGUAACAUCUCUUACCAAAGAGAAAGAUGAGCUGAAAAUGAAACUUGCAAGUGAAGAGGAAAAGUGCAGGAGUCUUAGCUUUAAGGUUGGUGUAAUGACAAAACGGAUGGACCAGCUAGAGGAGGCAGAAAGGGAAUCAUUAAAAUGCAGAGCUAAUAAGGACAAACGAUCCUUAGAUGAAGACCACAAAGUCAAGGAGCUAACGCAAGAAAUUGAAAGGCUCAGAAACCGUCUCAAACAGCUGGAGGUAUUGGAAGGCGACCUGAUGAAGACAGAGGACGAGUAUGACUUACUUGAGAAGAAGUUCCGAUCAGAGCAGGAAAAAGCAAAUGCCCUCUCUCAGCUGCUGGAGGAUAUGAAAAGCCAGAUUGCUAGGAACAAGGCCAUAGAGAAGGGAGAAGCAGUGAGCCAAGAGGUUGAGCUAAGGAUGCGCUGUAAAAUAGAGGAGGCCAAAACUAGAGACCUGCAGGCAGAUGUCCAGGCCUUAAAGGAGAAGAUCCAUGAGCUGAUGAACAAGGAGGAUCUGCUGUCCCAGCUGCAGGUGGACUUCUCUGUCCUCCAGCAAAGGUUCCUGGAAGAGGAGGACAAUAAGAAGAGGAUGAGCCAGGAAGUGAUCAACCUCACCAAAGAGCUAGAGGUCACCAAGCGCUACAGCCGCGCUCUGCGGCCCAGCAUGAAUGGGAGGAGGAUAGUAGAUGUCCCAGUUACGUCCACGGCAGUGCAGACUGAUGUGUUUGUCAACGAGCCUGCUGAGGAGGAAACGCCUGCAGUGUUCAUCAGGAAAUCAGUCCUGGAGGAGAACCAUAUCAUGAGCAACCUGAGGCAAGGGAGUCUGAAGAAGCCAGCAACUGUGCUGGAGCGCUACCCGCCAGCAGCCACUGAGCUGGGUACAAGAAAGUCCUGGAUCCCCUGGAUGAAGAAAAAGGAUGCAGUGACGAUUACCCAGACAAGCCCACAGAAGACCUCCGCUCCUCAGGUCAAUGGGGACUCCUCCUCUUGUCCUCCUGAGUUGACCAUGUCCCAGAAGCCAGGCCGUCCGCUGCACAUCCGAGUGACUCCAGAUCAUGAGAACAGCACUGCCACAUUGGAGAUCACCAGCCCCCGCUCUGAGGACUUCUUCUCCAGCUCCACCAUCAUCCCCACCCUGGGCCUGCAGAGGCCCCGCAUAACCAUUGUUCCCAAGCCCACCACCUUGUCCUCGAAAAGCAAGCCAGGCGAGGGUGUGACAGUGGGCCCUGAGAGGUGCAAAUCUCCAGUCACCAUCACGACCAUCUCUAGGGCCAAGUCCCCGGACCGGAGUACAGGCUCCACCCACUCAGACCCAUACAGACCCCUGUCGCCCGUCUCCAUCAUCACAGUUAGCACCAGUCCGCUGGUGGAGGACAUUGCCUCCGCAUCCCCGGGCUCCCACGAAGUGAGCACCACGGGCCGGGCCGUGUUCAAGGUGACCCCGGAGAAGCAGACAGUGGCGUCACCCGUCAAGAAGUACAGCGCUAACGCCAGCGUUAUCACCACCACAGAGGACAACAAGAUCCACAUCCACCUGGGACCUCAGUUCAAGAGGCCAACAGAUGGCAGCAGUGGCAGCCCCACAGUGACUGUCAGGCCCCUCAGUGUGAGCGCCGAGAGCAGGGAGGCACCGACGGGUACAGUGCUGCGCUCCCCGCGUCACCCCAACAGCACCGCCUUUGUACCCGGGAAAACCGUGGCCAGCAAAUUGACCAGCAGCAUCACCAUUGUCCCGGUUACUUCUGCAUCCUCCAGGACAACUCAGUCUGUGCCCGGGCCGGAUGUGCCAUCAACUCGGGUCACGGCCACACGAAUCCCUAUGUCAAAAGGUAUGAAAACUGGCAAAGCGGUGGUGACAGGCAUCUCUAGUGUGACACGUUUAGAGUCACGAGCUGAGAGCCAGUCAAUGAAAAUUGAACUGAGGAGGUCCACAGUCUGCAGCUCUACCUCGACAGGGGGAGGGAAGUGUUGAUUAUGCGCCAUGGAAGCGUUGUGGGGGGGGGGGGGGGCACUGUCCAUGGUCACCCAUGAUUCAAUUCGGAACCAGUCUGUAGCCGGCCCAAAACAGAUAGGUUACUAUAGAAGACACUGGACUUACAAUACCUUUAUAAUCUGUUCCAAUGACACACAGUAGAACAGACACACACAAGAAAACGCAACAUGACUACGGUAUAUCACAGACACGCUUAUGUUGUUAUUUUCAAAUAAUUGGGUGAAGCACAUCCAAAAGUUGAUUGUAUUGUAAUUAUGUAUUGCAAAAAUAUUUUUCUAUAUCCAUGUUGAUUUCAAUCUGGCUUUGUCACACGUUGACCCAAAUGCAUUUCCAUGCAUGUUAGAAUCUGCCCAGAAUGCAAUGCUUUUUUGUUUUUAUUGACAUGUCACUAAUCCCUCAUCUGGGUUCGUUGUCACACUGAGAUACCUUCUGUUUUUUUUUCUUCAUUAUUCAUCUUGUUUAUGUUCUUGUUUAUUUCAUCGGCUCUUAUGGAGGUUUCUGAAUACAAUAGCUCUUAUGAAUUUCGUGUGUGACAUUUUGUUCAGUCAAACUCAUUUGUGGAGCCAAAACAAUGAAGUAUUUUUCUUUGCUUGGAAUAAAGUAUGAUAUUGUGUUUUAUACUAUUUAUGUGGAGAUAUUGUAACAAUGUAAAAGCAUCUUUAUGUUCAUAAAACAAAGUAUUUAUCGAAAGGCAAGCAGUAAACACUCAGGAAACCUCCAUAGAGUUUUAUCCAUGCUGCUUUGUAGAGGGGCAUCUGUAAAAUGUCUUAGGCCUACUAAGCAUAGUAAGCAAAACAACAAUAAAAGCCUCUUGUGUAAUA